AUGUCCUACAGCAAAGUUGAAAACCGAAACUCGCUGUCUUCACUAGUACUGAAAAUUGAUGAAGAAAAACAUGCCACUGCGGGGACCUUAUCUGUUGAAACACUCCAUUCAAAAGGAAAACACAAAGACACAUCAGGAGAAAAGAAAUUCAGAAAGAAUGAUACACAUCAGAAUGUUCCCUUAAUUUCUGAUAAAUCACAGGAACUGUCUGCCGUCCUCGACUCUGAUAAAUCACAGGAACUGUCUGCCGUCCCCAGCUCUGAUAAGUCACAGGAACUGGCUGCCGUCCUCGGCUCUGAUAAGUCACAGGAACUGUCUGCUGUCCUCGGCUCUGAUAAGUCACAGGAACUGGCUGCCGUCCUCGGCUCUGAUAAGUCACAGGAACUGUCUGCCGUCCCCAGCUCUGAUAAGUCACAGGAACUGGCUGCCGUCCUCGGCUCUGAUAAGUCACAGGAACUGUCUGCUGUCCUCGGCUCUGAUAAGUCACAGGAACUGGCUGCCGUCCUCGGCUCUGAUAAGUCACAGGAACUGUCUACCAUCCAUGGCACUGAUAAGUCACAGGAACCCUCUGCUGUCCUCGCCUCUGAUAAGUCACAGGAACUGGCUGCCGUCCUCGGCUCUGAUAAGUCACAGGAAUUAUCUGCCGUCCUUGGCUCUGAUAAGUCACAGGAACUGACUACCAUCCAUGGGUCUGAUAAGUCAAAGGAACUGUCUGCAAUCUGCAGCUCUUCAUCAGGGGUGGCUAGGAAUGCAGUAAACAGUGGGGAGUCAUCGAUGUUGGUUUCAAAUAUUCUGAAAGACAAUGAUACCAGUAACACUGAAACCUCAUCAGAUUCUCAAGAACUAGUAAAAAAGAAAGCAACUGACACAUUUAUGCAUGGACGAAAAGCAGCUAUGAACAAGAUUGAAGUGAAAAAAGAUUUAAAAGAGCCAGAUUCCAGAAAAAUAGAUGAAAGUAAAGCCUCACAGAAACCUGAAGUGAACUUAAUUAAAAAACAGGCUUCUCAAAGGCAGGAGAGGGAAAUGGGAAGUUCUCCAAACCUGCAUCUUGAUGUAUUGGAAAUGACCACUAAAACUGAUUCAGAGGCAAAUAAUCUGAAACUUAUUAAGAAACAACAAAAGGCAACAAGAAAAGCUUAUAAUUACGACAGAAAUAAAAAGAACCGCAAUUCAACCGAAGAUAUCACAAAGUCUUCAAAAAAUGUACAUGUAUCUUCAUCACAAAGAAAUGGGAAACAGAGUUCUGCAAGCAGACUGAAGGACAGUGUUAACAUCAAAACUGAACACAUCCUAUCGCCUGUUGAGAAAAGUCUAAAGAAACUGGAACCAAAAGACAUGGAUGAAUUAGUCUCAAAAACAGAAUGCAAAACUUCGUCACCUGCUAUGGAAAGUAGGGAGAAACUGGAGAGGAAAGUUAUGGGUGUAGCCACUACUCCAAGUAAACACAGACAGCUGUCCGAAGUAAAUCUUAAUGAUAUAAAGAUGCCUGCAGAAUCUAAAUCACAAAUUAAUGUUUCACCAGGCAGUAAAGAAAAUGCUGUAGGUUUUGUAUGUCGCCAACAGGACAAUCUGUCACAUGUUAAGUUAUCAAAGCAUGAGAAAAUGACACCAAACCAAAAGCAAAAUGAAGGUAUGGAUUCAGCCAAGAAGAAAGACCCGACAGACAUUCAGUCCAAGAUGAAUAAAUUAGAGAAAGAUCGUAACUUUGUGUCUGAGAAGCACAAGGAGAAAUUUGAGUCACAGUUAAAGGAGAAACAAGACAAGAUUGAGUCACAGGGGAUAGAGAAACUUGACUCCGAGUCAAAGAAAGUGGAGAAAUCAGACACUGCAUCAAAGGAUAUGAUGAAACCAGAUUCUGAGUCACAGGAAAUCGAGAAACCAAAUACUGAAUCACAGGGAAUGGAAAUUCCAGAGUUUGAGUUGAAAGGAAUGGAGAAAUUAGAUAAAGAGGCACAGGUAAUGGAGAAAAUGGAGAUUGAGUCACAGACAGUAGAGCAAUCAGAUAUAGAGUUACAAGGAAUGAAGAAACAAGAAACUGUGUCACAGGGAAUGGGGAAACCAAAAGGUCGGUCACAAGGAAUAGAGAAACAUGAAACUGAACCAGAGAAAGAGGAAAAAUUAGAAAUUGAUUCACAAGAUAAACAAGACAUGUGCACCAAGUCACAGGAAAUGGAGAAACUCGAACCUGAGUCACAGGAAACGGAGAAUCUUGAACUUGUGGCACAGGAAAUAGAGAAACUCGAACCUGAGUCACAGGAAGUGGAGAAACUCGAACCUGAGUCACAGGAAGUGGAGAAACUCGAACCUGAGGCACACGAAAUAGAUAAACUCGAACCUGAGUCACUGGAAAUCGAGAAUCUUGAAAAUGAGUCAGUGGAAAUGGAGAAACUCAAACCUGAGUCACAGGAAAUGGAGACACCUGACAUUGAGUCACAGGAAAAAGAGAAAUUAGACAUUGAAACAGAUGACAAAGAGAUAGAGAAAUUAGAUAGUGAGUCGCAGGGAAUAGAGAAACCAGGUACAGAGUCACAUGAAAUGGAGAAACUUGAUCCUGAGUCAAAGGAAAUCGAGAAUCUUGAACCAGAGUCACAAGAAAUGGAGAAACUCGAACCUGAGUCACUGAGAAUGGAGAAUCUUGAACUGGAGUCACAGGAAAUGGAGAAACUCAAACCUGAGUCACUGGAAAUGGAGAAAUUAGACAUUGACACAGAUGACAAAGGAAUAUCACCUUCUGUUAAUAAAGAAGUCGUUGGAACACUUACAUAUUCCAAGACAAAAUUUAAAUCACCAGUCAAAAGCAGCAAGCAGCAAUUUAUUUUGACUGAUUCUACAAAAGAAAGUCUUCUCAAGGCUGAUAAUGACCAGAAUAAGACUCAAGGUGUAGAACAUGACAAAACAGUGAACAGGAAAAGAUCUGCAUCAUCUGUACAAAGUGAUUCAACCCUUGAGAGCGACCUAGAAAUGAGUUCAGACAGCGAGUCAGAGGAAAUAUCUUUUCACUCAUCCAGUGAAGAAAUUCAAAUUGGAGUUUCUGAACCUUAUCUUCCAUCAAAUAUAAAAAACACAAUGUCAGAUCAAGACAAGGAGACUCGUGGUCUCAAUAGUUCAGAGAUGGUUCACCCAUCUGAAUCAGGAUGCGGCCCAGAUGCUGAUGAACAGUGUACUGCAGGUGACAAUCCAUUUGAAGAUCCAGAAGUUAUUGUUUGUGGAGAGCAAAAUGGACAAGAAGUGUUCAAACCAAAACAUUCUGAUAAACACUUUUCUGACGAAAACAGCGAGGAACUUGAUUAUGAGUUUGAGUCUGACAGUUCGUCAUCACCACCUCUUAUGCAAGAAGAUGAUGAGUCAUCAGGAAACGACAACGGACCUUUGAAUAGAAAUAAUGAGAAAAUGACUGAAGAGUUGUCAAAGAUGGUUACCUGA